AUGUCAAGCCCUCAAGCACCACCACCUUCUUGGGAUAGUCCUCCAAAACUAUCCUCCUUGAAGACAAAGAAGAAACUUCUUCCCUACCUUGAAGCAGCCGACCUGGAGACGUCUAGCCAAGCCGCAUCUUACAGAGAAGAACACCUUCUAGCCACACCAGAAGAGGAGAUUGACCCUGAGCUGAUCGAGUUCGUGAAGAGAGAUCAAUUCCAUGAUCUGUUUUCAGAGUAUGCGCUGGAGCACAUAGAUCACUUUGAUAAUCUUUGUGAUUCCUAUGGAGUUUUUGACUUUGAGAAGAAGAUGAUGCUAUUCAGCACAUCACUAGCUGGACCAGCACUAGAUUGGGCGCAGCAUGAACCACUCUCUACAAUCGAGUCAUGGAUCGAUUUUAGAGAAGCUUUCUUGAAGAGAUUUGCAAGGCCACCUUUCAAAUCCAAGUACCACCACUACUCUCAUCAGCUGGAGAGAGAGCGUGAUGAAGAAGAAUGGGGAGGCAUACCACCCCAUCCUGAAGUUUUGAAUGAAGAGCUAAUCAAGCAUGUGGAGAGAACCCUUUCUACAAUUCUACUUCAGAGUGUGCAAAGGAGCAUCUAUGCAACUUUGAGCAGCUUUGCCACGACUAUGGACUUGGAGACAACCCCAAGAAGAUACAACUUUUCCAACUAUCACUAG